ACAAUGCUUGUUGGGAAAUAAUCAAACAAAGAGGGAAUCUUGUUGAGCAGCGGACUAAGUUGGAAGCUAAUGGCCUAGCAAUAUCAAAGAAGUGCAAAGGCUUUCCAUGGGUAGCAAAAGUGAUUGGAAGCUGUCUGCAUUCGGGAGAGAUGGAGUGGGAUGCUUUGUUGAGGUAUGAGUUUUGUGAACUGGAGGGACAUAAAGCACGAAUCUAUCCAGUCCUCAAAUGGUUGAGCUAUGAUAAUAUGCCUUCUUAUCUGAAAAGAUGUUUCAGUUAUUGUUCUAUUUAUCCUCGUGAUCAUGUAGUUGAGAAGGAUGAUUUGGUGCAACUAUGGGCAGCAGAAGGCUUUAUUCAGUCCCAAGGUACAAGAGCAAUUGAAGAUGUUGGAAGACAGUAUUUUGAGGAAUUGUACUCGAGGUCUUUCUUUUCCCCAGUUCCAACUAUUGGUGGUGAUCAGCAGAGGUAUAAAAUGCAUGAGCUCAUUCAUGAUUUGGCAAGAUUUGUUUCAACCAGCGUAUGCUUUUGUAUGGAGGACAAGAUGCCUUGCUUGGUGUCUUCUAAUGCUCGGCAUGUGUCUUUGCUUUAUGAAAAUACUCAACUACCUAGAUUGGAGGUGUUUUACAAGUAUACGAAGUUGAGGACAUUUACAUUGCUUCCUAAGUUCCCAUCUAUUCCAAGGCCAGUCAUGUUGCGUCCAAAUUUUCCAUCCAAUCUAGGAGAAGUUCCUUAUGAGUUUUUUGAAAGGUUGGGAUGCUUGAGGGUGUUGAAUUUGAGCCGUAGUCCCAUCACUAAAUUGCCUGAAUCUAUUGGAAAUUUGAUACAUCUUCGUUACCUCAAUCUUAGUCAUACCCGUAUUGAACUGUUGCCAAAGCCAAUAACAACAAUAUGUGGGUUAGAAACAUUGAAGCUUAAGAGUUGUCCUAAGCUUCUUCGUUUGCCUGAGAACUUGAAGGACUUGAUUAAGCUACGACAUCUUGACUUUGACAGACACCGUCAGCUAAGUUCUAUGCCAAUUGAUAUUGGGAAGUUAACCAGUCUUGAAACCCUGCAUGCAUUUAGGGUGGGGAAAGAGAAAGGAUAUCAGAUUGAGGAGCUUAAGAACAUGAGCUGUCUUCGUGGAUCUAUUUCUAUUACAAAUCUUGAUAAUGUAGCAGAUUUUGUUCAGGCUGAGGUUGCUAUGUUGCACAAGAAGAAAUAUAUAGACAGGUUGGAGUUGGAAUGGAAUGGAAUAAGAGGUCUAGUGCAACCGGUUCAGCAAGAAGUUCUUACUGGGCUUGAACCACAUGCUCGGUUGAAAGAGCUGCGAGUAGCAGGUUACUGUGGUUUGUUAUUUCCCAGUUGGAUAGCCAACUCAGCAUUCAGCAAGCUUGAGAGUAUUGAUUUAGAAAAUUGCCCAUUUUGUGAACUCCUUCCUUCUCUUGGCCAACUUCCAGCUCUCAAGAAACUUCUGAUUCAAAAUAUGUCUACACUGGACGUUGUGGAUCAUCUGUUUUGUGGUUCCUCAGUUGCUUUUUUAUCCUUGGAGACGCUAACACUUCGAGACAUGCCAGAAUUGAUUAGCUGGACUGGAUUACGUGACAAUGACAUGCCUUGCCUCAGAGACCUUAGCAUUGAUUCUUGUCCGAAAUUGGCUACGAUACCUUCAUUUCAGUACCUAACUGCACUUCAAUGUUUAGACAUCAAUCGUUGCCCUCAGCUUCAGUCUUUGCCAGAGGGAAGACUACCAUCCUCACUCAAAACUCUGAUCAUUUUGGAGAGUGACAUCUUGAAGGACAGGUGCAAGGUGGGAGAAGGUGCAGAUUGGAAUAAGAUCAGAUGGAUCCCCAAAAUAUUGAUUGAAGAUAUGGUGAUUCCAGCACAAAGACCGGAUAACCAGAUUGAUGAGGUUCACGAUGCUCCAGAAAAUUUGUUUGGUAGCAGAAACUCCUUGUUGGUUUGCUGCGUAAUUCUUUUUCCUCUGUUCGUCCUGUUUAUGAGAUCAUUGUACCGGUACUUGUCCCAGGCCAGAGCUUAAUUAUCAGCAGAUUCCACCAGAGGGACUGAAUAAAUAGAUAACUUAAUGUCAUCCAAAAUCCACUGUUAUGUCAUGAUAGUUUAUAUGAGCUGGCCCAAUGAAUAUACAGUAGUUGGAAACUUGGAAUGUUUGAUUAACUCACAUGUUGAUAAAUGUCUGUCAAAGUUUAUUUGAAUUAGAGUUAAGUUUAGGCUAAAUACUAGCUAUUUUAGCCUUUCACAGGUCUCCACGAUUUUGUGACAGGUUUAAUGUAUCAGAUAUUCCUAUAUUUGAUCUCUAGAAUACAAUGUCACAUGGAAAAUCUUCAUCCAUCUCUGAGGCUUGCA